UUGAGGUGCCGAGCGAACGGUUGGCAGGAGCCGCCCGGGGGUGGGGGGGAGGCAGCCCCGGUUUGGGCCCACGGGCUGGGGGGUCGCCCGCUUGGGUGUCUUUAUCCCUCCAACGUCCCCCUCCCCUUCCUUCCGGCCGGUGCUGUGGAUCUUUUAACCAUUCAUAUUUAAAGCAACGACAACGGGCUGUCUGCCGCUGCUCCUCCGCCUUCAUUGACCCAGAUCUCUUGGAGAGUAGUCGGUAAUGCAUUGAAAGUCAUGGAUCACCUUGUAAAUACUGGAACCCAAACAGAUCCUGUUGUGAUACUAACUUUUGCACAAGCAGUUACUUUGGGCCUUGUUGGUCAGAAUGGUCUUUUGAAUUUUCCAUUCAAAGAGAAUGGAAUUUACCAUAUACCAGAUGCGUCAGUUAAUAAAAGUUCUGUACUUGAACACCUCACAACAGAGCAAAGUCCUGGACUGGAUGCAAUUAAUACUUCAGAAUGUUUUGAACAACAUGAGGAGGAAAGUUUAGAAGUGGAGAAUGGCUUUAUACCUUUUGAAAGGCAAGCUAGGAGGAGGAAAAGGCAACCUGUGAAGCUAGUACAUGCUGAAAAAAAUGAUGAAAAUUGUAAGGAAGAAACUAUUGAGGAGGAGUACAAUGCAGAGAAUCAAUCCAGUACUGUUCUAUACAGAAAUGGAAUAAAAAUGAUUGACAUUAGUAACUUCAAAAGGAAACAUUUGCAUCGUCCUCUUCGUGAAAGGACUCAAGAGGUUCAAGCUGUUGCCUUUCCUUCAGCUUUUAAGCAAAACCUCCACUGCAGUCCCGACCAACAGGAAAAGAUUAGCACUGAAGGGGAAAAAUUAAUGAGCAGCUAUUUUGAGACAAAUAAAUCGGCAAAUUUAAGUCAAAUGGUAGAACAAUUUCCGGAGGAGUCAGUCACUCAGGAGAACCGUAACUUUGUAUGGCAGGGCCAAGUGCCAUAUGAAGUUGAGGUGUCUGCUCCACAACAGGAGGAUCGAAACAGAAGAGCUCAGAUAGAUCGUUUGGAUAUUAAUGUACAGAUUGAUGAUUCAUAUUGUAUUGAUGUUGGGGAAGGGCAGAAACGAUGGCAGUGUCGGUUGUGUGAAAAAUCGUACACUUCCAAAUAUAACUUGGUCACUCACAUAUUGGGCCACAGUGGCAUUAAACCUCAUGAAUGUCAACAUUGUCACAAGCUUUUUAAGCAGCCAAGUCAUUUACAGAUGCAUCUUCUCACUCAUGAAGGCAUACGGCCGCACAAGUGUGAGGUGUGUGACAAAGCCUUCACGCAAACCAGUCAUCUUAAAAGGCACAUGUUACUGCAUACUGACAUCAAACCUUACAGCUGCAGAGUUUGUGGGCGUGGGUUUGCCUAUCCAAGUGAGUUGAAAGCCCAUGAAGCAAAGCAUGAAAAUGGCAGAUGUCAUGUUUGCAUUGAAUGUGGCUUAGAUUUUGUGACACUCAUUCAGCUAAAAAGACACCUUGUUGCACAUCAAGGUCCCACACCAUAUGAAUGCACAGAGUGCAACAAAACUUUCAGUUAUAGGAGUCAACUCCAGAAUCAUAUGAUGAAACAUCAGAACAUCCGGCCAUAUGUCUGCACUGAAUGUGGUAUGGAAUUUACUCAGCCUCAUCAUCUGAAGCAGCACUCACUCACACACAAGGGAGUUAAAGAGUUCAAGUGCGAGGUGUGUGGACGAGAAUUCACCCUUCAAGCAAAUCUGAAGAGGCAUAUGUUGAUUCAUACCAGUGUACGAGCUUAUCAGUGCCACAUCUGCUUUAAAACCUUUGUUCAGAAACAGACUUUGAAGACCCACAUGAUUGUUCAUUCACCGGUGAAACCAUUUAAAUGUAAGGUUUGUGGUAAAGAAUUCAAUCGGAUGUACAAUCUCCUGGGUCACAUGCACCUCCAUUCAGACAGUAAGCCUUUCAGAUGUCCAUACUGUUCAAGCAAGUUUACCCUCAAAGGGAAUUUAAGCCGGCACAUGAAAGUCAAGCAUGGUGUCAUGGACAUUGUUCUUGAUGGACAAGAAAGUUUAUUGGACAUUGGACAUUCAGAACAUAUGGAAGGUCAGCAAGGAGACAUUGAUGAUUAUGAAGAAAAUUCUUUUGAUUACACAGGUGGGAGAAAAGCUCCUGAUGACACUUCAGAUUCGACAAAAAUGUCUGAUGAAGAAAGUAUAAAAGAUAUGUACUUUAAUUUUGAAAAAGAAGCUGAACGAUAUGGAAUGGACUUAAAAUCAUGACUGAUGUGAAGCCAAAAAUUAAAUUGAUCCUGUGCUUUGACCAUUGUUAAUUGUGCAUAGCUUUUUAUUAAUGCUGCAGUUGCAGAUUUUAAAUUACAUUCCAACUUUAAGCCUAUGUUCACAAAAACAUUGUAAUGUGAAUCCAUUUACACGUUACUAAUCUCAGGGUUCUGUGAGAAUUUUUUUUAAGAUGGUCUAUUCUGGACCAAAGCAGAUGACUACUACCAAAAUUAUGUUGGUCUUUACUGUGUAAAAUGUAACUUCAAAAUGGUUUCCACAUACACACAUACACACAUACACACAUACACACAUACACACAUACACACAUACACACAUACACACAUACACACAUACACACAUACACACAUACACACAUACACACAUACACACAUACACACAUACACACAUACACACAUACACACAUACACACAUACACACAUACACACAUACACACAUACACACAUACACACAUACACACAUACACAGUAAUUCAUUGAAUUACAUUGUGGAGUGGCUUUUGUGGAUUUAUUUUCUUACUGGACUAUAUAAUCAUCUACAAUAGCAAUAAAAUAACAUCUGUUU